GGGGCUAGUAGGCGGAUCCCAGGGCACGCUGAACCAAUGGGCUAGGCGGGGCGGGGCGACGGUGGCGGCGGCGGCGGCAGCGGGUUCGGUUGCGCGUGGCGCACGGGGUGGGAGCGGAGCCCAGGCCGGGUGCAGGCGCUGCCGCCAGCGACCAUGGGGAACGUCUUGGCCGCUAGCUCGCCUCCCGCAGGGCCGCCGCCGCCGCCCGCGCCCGCCCUCGUGGGACUGCCGCCGCCUCCGCCCUCUCCUCCGGGCUUCACGCUGCCGCCACUCGGGGGCGGUCUGGGCGCUGGGGCUGGUGCGGGUCGAGGUUCGGAAAGGACCCCCGGUGCUGCGGCCGGCAGCGCCGCAGGGACUGCGGACGAUGGGGCCUGCGGCUGCCUGCCCAACCCGGGCACGUUCGAGGAGUGCCACCGGAAGUGCAAGGAGCUGUUUCCCAUUCAGAUGGAAGGUGUCAAGCUCACAGUCAACAAAGGGUUGAGUAACCAUUUCCAGGUGAACCACACGGUAACCCUCAGCACAAUCGGGGAGUCCAACUACCACUUCGGGGUCACGUACGUGGGGACAAAGCAGCUGAGUCCCACAGAGGCAUUCCCUGUGCUGGUGGGUGACAUGGACAAUAGCGGCAGCCUCAAUGCUCAGGUCAUUCACCAGCUGGGCCCUGGCCUCAGGUCCAAGAUGGCCAUCCAGACCCAGCAGUCCAAGUUCGUGAACUGGCAGGUGGAUGGGGAGUACCGGGGUUCUGACUUCACGGCCGCUGUCACUCUGGGGAACCCGGACGUCCUGGUGGGUUCAGGUAUCCUCGUGGCCCACUACCUGCAGAGCAUCACGCCGUGUCUGGCCCUGGGUGGAGAGCUGGUCUACCACCGGCGGCCCGGGGAGGAAGGCACGGUCAUGUCUCUAGCUGGGAAAUACACACUGAACAACUGGUUGGCGACAGUGACGUUGGGCCAGGCGGGCAUGCACGCGACGUACUACCACAAAGCCAGCGACCAGCUGCAGGUGGGCGUGGAGUUUGAGGCCAGCACAAGGAUGCAGGACACCAGUGUCUCCUUCGGGUACCAGCUGGACCUGCCCAAGGCCAACCUCCUCUUCAAAGGCUCCAUGGACAGCAACUGGAUUGUGGGCGCCACACUGGAGAAGAAGCUCCCGCCCCUGCCCCUGACGUUGGCCCUCGGGGCCUUCCUGAAUCACCGAAAGAACAAGUUCCAGUGCGGCUUUGGCCUCACCAUCGGCUGAGCCCCUGCUGGCCCCCCCGCCUUCCACCCUUCCUCCUUCAGAUCCCACCUCCCCCUCCCCCUGCCAUGGAGGGGAGACCUGAGCCCUCCUCCCCCUCCCUUCCCUCCCUCCUCGGGGGCCAGGGGGGCAGCGGAAAGGAGGGGACCCAUCACCCCAGCAGCUGAGGGGGGAUUCUAGAACCACGGGCGCUUCAGGAUUCGGAGCACCGGAGGCAGGGUGCCCAUGGGCCUGGAGUCCCAGGAGGGAUUCCAGAAUCGAGGGGCACGCCAGAUUCUGAGCACCAGGGGCAGAGGUGGCCAGACAACCUCAGGGAGGUGUUGGGGCGUCCCAGUCCCCCGAAGGGCCCUGGGCCCGGCCCUGAGGGGGCAGCGAGAAGAGGAGCUUCCCCAUCCCCUGUCAGUCUGCCCCCGCCCACUUCCCCACCCAUCCCUCAGUAUAAAUCAUGUUUAUAAGUUAUGGAAGAACCGGGACAUUUUACAGAAAAAAAAAAAAAGCCAACAAAAAAUAUACAUGAAAAAAAGUGGAAUAGGAGGCC